ACUCACCUUACAGCUACCAAUUACUUACAACAAAUUAUAUACAAAACAGGUUUUUUCCAUAUCAAGGAUCAUAGGAUCAAGACACGGAUUGAUAGUUACGAAAAUAGCAUUUUAGUCAGUUCAGAUGACGCUAUCGAUUCGACCACGUUUUGCUAAUUUAUAGUUUAAUAAGAUAAUUAGAGAAAUAUAUUGUUGUUUAACAUGACGCAGCGGACAGUUUUCUUGAUGAUUAGUGUAUUGUGUUUUUUAAUAUCAUUCUUAAGUGGAGCUUUUGGACAGAAUCAACUUAGUCCAGACGUGCAGCAAGCCUUACAAAAAUUAGCGCAGUCGGUCGAUGGGAAUGUUGAGAUUGAAGUCAUCGAACAAACAGUUCCAACGAGAUCAAAUAACCACCAAAACUUUUAUCCUACGAGGCAACAAUAUCAACCACAACCACAAUAUCAGUAUCAGCAAAAGCCGUAUCGCCAGAUGCAACCGAUGAAUCUGAAUGGAUACGAUGCAGCAAUCAUCAUAGAAGAAACUAACCAAGGUCCACCAAAGCCCAAUGGCAACUACUACGUACUCACUGAUAUGCAUGGUCGACCUAUCAAUACAGGAUUUCCACCCAAUAAUAAUGGUAGGCCGAACAACUUCUACCCAUAUCCUCACCACCAUCAACACAAUAUGGGACCUCCAGGACCUCCUCCACCUGGCCAAUUUCCCAACACCAGACAACCAAUGGACGGUUUUGGUCCCAACUGGGGGCCUCCAAGGCACGAUCAUGGAAUGCACUACGAUGAUUAUGACUAUGAUUAUCAUAACCAUGGGCCAAGAGGUAACGGACGUCAUAACCAUGGGCAAACUGAUGGGUACACCACAGAAAAUAUUAUUUUGACUCCAGACUCUAAGCCUACGCCAAGACCAAAUAAUCAGCGUUACACUACCGAGAAUACCAAUUUGAGUAAAGAGUCAAAGGAGGAAGAUGGUUCUGUGAUCAAGUUUGGUGAUGACGAUCACCAGAACAGUGAUGAAAAUAAUAUUUCGGGAUACAUAGGAAAGUUUCCAGUGAUAUUGUUGAAAGAAAAUGAGAUACGAUAAAUAAAUUGUGAUAGUAUUUUCUGCAAUAUAUCAUGUACUUGCAACAUUUGUUUGUUUCAUAGCUAACUGAAAGAAAAAAUUUAAUCGAGUAGACUCGAUCUGACAAUGAAG